UGGGUUGGAAGGGAUCUUAAAUCUCAUUUUGUUCCACUCCCUUGCCACACGCAGGAACGCCUUCCACCAUCCCUGGCUGCUGCAGCCUGGGCUUGGACGCUUCCAGGGAUGGGGCAGCCACAUUUUCUCUGGGAAUCCUAUUCCAGUGCCUCAGCAUCCUCCCCCUGAACCGAAUGCUCUGCUGUCUGGUCGCUGCUGUUAGCUGAGCUGGGGAGGAGGUGCACGACCACUGCAAAUCAAAGCCUACAGCCACAUCCAGCAUCGUCUCUGGGUCCCUCUGCACCAGUGGCAGAGACCGUGGAGUACCAGGACAUGGAUCCUUCCAGGAAUAAAUGAGUUUUUCUCUGCCAGACCACAGCCUGUGAGCAGGAGGGGAAGCCCGCAGCGGGAUCCUUGCCUGGGCUCUCCACGUCUCACAAGAAGAGGAAGAGGAAAGGACGGUUCCUUCGCCGUUGAUAAAAUGGGAAGCAGCAUCUCCCCAGCAGCCCGGGACGGGAAGCUCCAAUCCUUGCCUGGGGGGCAUCCCUGGGAGCUCUGCAGCUGGCAGGACACUGCCCUGUGCCACUGAGGGGUCAGGGCUGGGGACAGCAUGUCCUUCCAGAGCCGCCGGACCCAGCUGCUGCUGGUCAACUCGCUGACCUUCGGGCUGGAGGUGUGCCUGGCCGCCGGCAUCACCUACGUGCCGCCGCUGCUGCUGGAGGUGGGCGUGGAGGAGAAGUUCAUGACCAUGGUUCUGGGGAUAGGCCCCGUCCUUGGGCUGGUUUUUGUGCCUCUGAUCGGCUCGGCCAGCGACCACUGGCACAGCAGCUACGGCCGCAGGAGACCUUUCAUCUGGGCGCUGUGCCUGGGCGUGCUGCUCAGCCUGUUUGUCAUCCCCCACGCCAGCAGCCUGGCCAGCCUGUGUGCCCUCAACCCCCGGCCUCUGGAGAUCGCCUUCCUCAUCGUGGGCAUCGGGCUGCUGGAUUUCUGUGGCCAGGUGUGCUUCACCCCGCUGGAGGCCCUGCUCUCCGACCUCUUCCAGGAGCCGGACAACUGCCGCCAGGCCUUCUCCAUGUACGCCUUCAUGGUCAGCCUGGGGGGCUGCAUCGGCUACCUGCUGCCCGCCAUCGACUGGGCCUUCCUGGCGCCCUACCUGGGAGGCCAGCAGAGCUGCCUCUUCAGCCUGCUGGCCCUCAUCUUCCUCGGCUGUGUGCUGGCCACGCUGUUCGUGACAGAGGAGGCCGCCCAGGGGGAUCUCCUGGACGGGCCGGCGCUCAGGGACGCGUCCCCGAAGGCGUCCCCGUGGUGCUGCUGCUGGCAGGCGGCGCGGGGGCCGUGCCUGCUGCAGGGCAGGCGGGUGCUGCAGGCGGCCAGGAAGCUGUGCCUGCUGCUGCCGCGGCUGCACGGCCUCUACUGCCGCAUCCCCCGCGUCAUCCGCCGCCUCUUCGUGGCCGAGCUCUGCAGCUGGAUGGCUCUCAUGACCUUCAUGCUGUUCUACACGGAUUUCGUUGGCGAGGGGCUGUACCACGGCGUGCCCCGGGCCAAGCCGGGCACGGAGGCCAGGCGGCACUACGAUGAAGGUGUCCGGAUGGGCAGCCUGGGCCUGUUCCUGCAGUGCAUCACCUCCAUCUUCUUCUCGACAAUCAUGGACCGGCUGGUGAAGCACUUUGGGACGCGGGCGGUGUACCUGGCCAGCGUGGUGUUCUUCCCCGGGGCAGCCUUUGUCAUGUGCCUGUCCCACAGUGUCACCGUGGUCACCAUCUCCGCCGCCCUGACCGGAUUCACCUUCUCUGCCCUCCAGAUCCUGCCCUACACGCUGGCAUCCCUCUACCACCACGACAAACAGGUAUUUCUCCAUAAAUACAAGAGGAAAGAGGAGGAAGACUCCGCUCUGCUGGACAAGAAAUCAGCCUUCUCCAAGGGGCUGCUCUCCAGCCAGAAGCUCUCUUACCAGAACGGCCACGCUGGGAGCCUCUUCUCUGCCUCCUCCUCUUCCUCCCCAUCCUCCUCCUCCUCCCCAUCGUCCCCCCCGGCCGUGUCCAGCUCUGCUCUGUGUGUCAGCUCCUCCUGCGACGUCUCCCUGCGGAUCAUGGUGGGAGAGCCGGAGCCGGGGGCUCCUGGCCGAGGGAUCUGCCUGGACCUGGCCAUCCUGGACAGCGCCUUCCUCCUCUCCCAGGUGGUGCCCUCGCUCUUCAUGGGCUCCAUCGUGCAGUUCACCCAGUCUGUCACCGCCUACAUGGUGUCAGCGGCUGGGCUCGGGCUGGUCGCCAUCUACUUUGCAACCAAAGUUGUCUUUGACAAGGGUGACAUGGCCAAGUGCUCCGUGUGACGGCAGGGCAGCCACCUGGGUGGCAGCGCGUGGCACAGCCAGCCGGGUGCGUGUGUGUGCCCACGGGGCCACUCCUGGGGUGCCUCGUGUGGCACCGCUGUCCCCGAGCUGGUGCUGCCACCCCGGGGGUGGCUCUGGGCUUAAUCUCAGGUGUAAAUAAGAGGCUUCGGGGCGUUGUCCUCGGCGCCCGAAGGGCUUUCCAAAGGUGCCUUUGGCAGAGGGGAGCACGGCACAGCAGCACCAAAGGGGUUCUGCAGGGGGGAAACGGGAAUUGGGGUUUCCCUCUGGUGAUAACGGGUCACGUUCCUGAGCAGGAGCAGCGCAGAGAGGGGAUCAACCACUGCCUCUCCUCUCCUCUCCUCUCCUCUCCUCUCCUCUCCUCUCCUCUCCUCUCCUCUCCUCUCCUCUCCUCUCCCCUGUUUGUUGUUGUUUUUCCCCAUUUCUUGAGCCACGCAGGAGAUUUCCUGGGGGAAGAAGCAGCAGGGCAGCCGAGGUUCGGCCGUGGGGCCGAGGGGGUGCCCAGGUGUACCCCCACAUUUCUGCCCUCCUGGCCUUCCCCACCUCCACCCAAAAGCAUCCGGGAGAAAAGUUGCAGUGCCUUGUUUUGGGAAAAACAAGGAACAUGCCAUUAGGAGCAGUUCCAAAAGGUGACUUAACCUUCACCUAUGUACCAGCUUGCAUCAGAUAGAGAGAGCUUCUUUCAUUUUUUAUUUUUUUUAAUGAUUGUUUUUACCUUUCUUCACACAGUUCUCAGUCUCUCCUCACCUCGGUGCCUGCGCUUGCUCUCUCCCCUCAUGGAUCCAGGCUGUUGUGCCUCUUCCACGUGUGGCCCCUCAAAGGUGCUGCACGCAGGGGACAUCAGUCCCCAGAGGGGCUCUCGGCCCUGUGCCAGUGAGGCAGAGCAGGAGGAGCUCUCCUGGGAGGCCUGGGGGAGCUGCUGAGAGUUAAACUCAGGCCUGGAGCUGCUCACUGCCCGUGGCUGCUUGGGCUUUCUUAAAAUGGCUUUUAUUUCCAGCCAGGAGUCCAUAGUCUCACAGAGGCAGAGCAAAGCCCUGUCCCAGUGAGGCAAAGCACCUCUUGCUGCCCCGACCCAGGGCACAAACCCUCCAGGGAUGCCCAGGCUGUUCUGGCUCCUGUCCCUCCAGGGAUGCUCAGGUUGUGUUCCUGACCCAUCUCCAGGUUCUUUUCCUGACCCAUCCCUCCAGGGAAGCCCAGCUUUUUCUGGCACCCAUCUCUCCAGGGAUGCCCAGGUUGUGUUUCUGACCCAUCCUUCCAGGGCUGUCCAGCUUUUUCUCCUGUCCCAUCUCUCCAGGGAUGCCC